GUCGCGAACGCGCUCCCGCCUCUCUCACUCUACUCGGCGGCGUUACCUGACAGGAGGCGACAUGGCCCCGCGCAAGAGCCCCAAGAGCGGCAGCCCCGGCCCCGGAGCCAGGAGAGAAGCAAGACAUGGAGGGAACAAGAAUGGGAAGAAAGAAGGAAUUUCUGGAAGUUCAUUUUUUACUUGGUUUAUGGUAAUUGCACUGCUGGGAGUGUGGACAUCAGUUGCUGUGGUUUGGUUUGAACUUGUUGAUUAUGAGGAAGUGCUAGGAAAACUUGGGAUCUAUGAUGCUGAUGGAGAUGGAGAUUUUGAUGUGGAAGAUGCCAAGGCUUUGCUAGGACUUAAAGAAAGAUCUGUCCCAGAACAGCAAAAGCCAAGAGAUGCUGAAGAGGUUAUCCAACCUACAGAGGAGCCACAUGGGAGAGCAGAACACAGGAGUGCUGAAGCAGAACCAGAAGAGGAAGAUGAAAUGGACACUUUGCUACGUCAAGUUCUUGAAUCAGAGUUUGAAAAAAUAAGUGAAGCGGAUGAAGAAACAGAUUUUCAGGAGGAGAAUAGUGAAACACCUGAAGUUCCCACAGAACAGGAUGUCUAUGAUGGAGACCUUGAAGAUAAAGUGCCAGAAGUAUUAGAAACACCAGAAUCUGUCUAUGAAGAACCUGCAAGUGACUAUCAACCAGGAGAGCCAGACACAGAUGACGGUCAUGAUGCAUAUGAAUAUCAUGCACAUACGGAAGAAGCUACAUAUGAACCAGAAGGCCAAGAUGACACAGAACUAAAUCUAGAGGAUGCUCUGGAGCAUAACACAGAACCUUAUUUACAUGACACAGAAAAGCAGGACUAUGUGGAUGAACAUGAAUUAGAAAAUGAAGAAUUUAUUGAAGCUCAGAAUACAGAUGGAGAACUGUUAUCCGAACAUUAUUAUGAAAAUAUGCAAGAGCCAAUAGAGAGUACUGAUCAAACACAUGAAAAUGAAGCAGAUGUUCCACAUUCUGCUACUGAACAAAUUUAUUCAGUGGAUGAGAGAGAACAUACAAAAGAUCAUGUGACUGCUCAACCCCAUGAGACAGAAGUUCCUGUUCAAGUGGAAGAUAAUUCAAAUGAUGAUUUAGUUGGACAAAGUGAAAACGAAACUCAGCAAAAAGAAAAAGUGAAGAAAAAGAAACCAAAAUUGCUCAAUAAAUUUGAUAAACAGAUUAAAGCUGAACUUGAUGCUGCAGAGAAGCUGCGUAAAAAGGGAAAAGCCGAGGAAGCUUUGAAGGCAUUUGAAGCAUUAGUGAACAAGUACCCCCAAAGCCCACGGGCGAGAUAUGGAAAAGCGCAGAGUGAGGAUGACUUGGCAGAGAAAGCGAGAAGCAAUGAAAUACUACAGCGAUCCAUCAGUACCUAUGGUGAAGUUGCUAGUCUACCAAAUGUCCCCGAUGAUCUGGUAAAACUCACAUUGAAAAGAAGGGCAGAUCGGCAACAAUUUCUUGGUCGCAUGAGAGGCUCCUUGGUUACACUGCAAAAACUUGUUAGCCUGUUUCCUAAUGAUACUUCAUUCAAGAACAAUCUAGGAGUGGGUUACCUUUUGAUUGGCGACAACAGCAAUGCCAAGAGGGUUUAUGAGGAGGUUUUGAGCCUGGCUCCUAAUGAUGGCUUUGCUAAAGUGCAUUAUGGCUUCAUCCUGAAGGCAGAAAACAAGAUUGCAGAAAGCAUUCCCUAUUUAAAAGAAGGUCUAGAAUCAGGAGACCCAGGCACUGACGAUGGGCGCUUUUAUUUCCAUUUGGGUGAUGCCAUGCAGAGAGUUGGAAACAAAGAGGCGUACAAGUGGUAUGAACUUGGGCACCAGCGGGGUCACUUUGCAUCUGUCUGGCAGCGCUCUCUCUACAAUGUCAAGGAUUUAAAGGCUCAGCCAUGGUGGACAGCAAAGGAAACAGGUUAUACAGACCUGGUCAAGUCCUUAGAGAGAAACUGGAAGGUGAUUCGAGAUGAAGGACUUUCUGUGAUGGACAGAGGAAAAGGACUCUUUCUGCCUGAAGAUGAGAACUUGCGAGAGAAAGGUGACUGGAGCCAGUUUACUCUCUGGCAGCAAGGAAGAAAAAAUGAAAAUGCAUGCAAGAGUGUUCCCAAAACAUGUGCCUUAUUGGAACGAUUUCCAGAGGCCACUGGAUGCAGAAGAGGACAGAUCAAAUAUUCUGUCAUGCACCCAGGGACUCAUGUCUGGCCUCACACAGGGCCUACAAAUUGUAGGCUGAGGAUGCAUCUAGGCUUGGUGAUUCCAAAAGAAGGGUGCCAGAUUCGGUGUGCCGAAGAAACAAGGUUCUGGGAAGAAGGGAAAAUCCUUAUCUUUGAUGACUCUUUUGAACAUGAAGUGUGGCAGGAUGCUGAUGCUUAUCGCCUGAUAUUCAUUGUGGAUGUUUGGCAUCCAGAGUUAACAUCGCAACAGCGGCGCUCCCUUCCAGCCAUUUGAAGGAUGCUUGAGGCUUUCCCUGUUGAGGUCUACAUUUUAUGUUUGGAAGUGCUGGUCUCAUUAAAAAAGAAAGAAACCUGAA